AUGGAAGAUCAAGUUACUCGUUUCAAGAAUAAGUAUCUAGUCAAUCGUAGUAAUACGAAAAGAAUGACAAUUCGGAAGCCUUAAUUAGAACAUUCGCCUGAUAAUUGGAAGGAAAUGUUUGGUACUUUUUUACAUGAUAUCUCGUUAAAAAAGAAGCAUCAGAGAGAGAAGACUAUGAAUGUAAAAGAAUGAAGAUAAUUAUGUUAGCAUCUUCAAGAUCCCUUGGUUCAAGAGAAUCCUCUUCUCAUACCUUGUACAACUCAAAGAUUUAAGUUGGAAUUAUUUAAGUAUCUCGAAGGUGAAUAAAGUGUGUAAGAAAUGAUGAAUUCUAUCAAUUUCCCUGGAUUGAAAGUAAUUAUAUACUUGGACAAGAGUAAGAAAUAAGCCCAGACUAAACAAAUAUCAAGCAUCAUGUCCAGAAGUUGCGAAACUUUCGAAAUCACCAUAGUGUUCCUAUCUAUGAUAAUUCUAUACAUACUAUGCAAAUGAAAUAGCAGCAUCUAAUGAAUGAGGGGAAAUUCACAGAAGCCCAGUAAAUUUAAUAACAAUUACAUGAAUAGACCUAAAGAAAAAUUCAAGUUUUAAGAGAUUUCAUCUAAGAAAGAGUAAAAAUAAUAAAUAUUUCUAUUUUUAGAUUGAAUUAAGAAAAAAGGCAAAUCAACAGUAAAGAUUGGAAGAAAUUAAGAAUAUUCAUUUUAUUAAAACCUUUUAUGAUAUUUCCAAUGAAUAUCGUCUCAAACAUUAAUAAUAAUAAGAAUAAUUAGAAGAGGAUUCUCAUUACUUUAAGAAGAGUGUGCCCGGAUCCAAAAAACUUAAAUAGAUCUAUGUCAAUUAUGACAAUGUUCAACCGUAUGUAAAACACUAAGGCAAACACUUCGACAAAUAUAGUUAUCCAUCAAUUGCUAUUUUAAAAGACACCAUGAAUUAACAAAGCAAAGAGUAUCUGCAGGAAGUUGAACAAUAGAAAUAGAAAAGAUUUGAAGAUGCUCUGAAGUAAGUUAGAAAAUUGUUAGAAUCACAAAACAUUCGAUUUAGCAGCAAUAGAAAUAACAAUAAUAAAUCAUAACCUCUUGACUGGUAAAUUGAUGUAACUAUUGCAUCUCCAAAAAGGAACCCAAGUGAAAAAAUUAAUGUAUCAUAAACUGGAAUUGACUACAAAAAUCUCAAAGAUUAUGUAAUUGCUAAGAAACCUUUCUUCCUAUUUACCAAAAGAGCCAAACAGGAUAAAAACCCUAGAAAUGCCCAUGGACUUAUUACUAUGUUUGAUCUCAAACUAUAUGAUUACAUUCAUAACAAAAAGAUAUAUACAUCAAACCCUUAACUCAAACAGAUUUCAGAUAAGUUUCACACAAUGAUUGAAAGUAAAAAAGAAUAAGAAAUUAAUGCUCAACUGGAAAUUUAAAUUGAAUAAAGGAAGUACUAGUUAAAUAAAAUGAAAAGAGAUUCAGCACCUGAGCAGUGCUAAAAUGAUGUAUCUUAAUAUUCAGAUGAUUAAUCAUUGUAAUCAAUUUAUGAAGUCAAUCUGGAUAUGUUAUAUAAUUAGUCACAUUAAUUGCAUAAAAAACUAGGAGAGUCAAUCGAUGGGGGAUUUGCUAAGAGAAUAAAAUAGAUUAUUAAAUUGGAAGAAGUUAAUCAACAGUGUUUAAAAACAAAUUUAGAAAAAUUAACAAAAUAGAAAAUUUCCUUAUGA